AACACGAAAAAAAGUCAAUCCGAUAAUAGAAUAGAGCUCUAACGUGGCUUCAUAAAUUCAAUUACUGAGCUUUGACAUUAUCAAUCCCUGUUUUCACUUAUCGCUCGCUGUAUCAGAGUUAGUUUAAAGCGAGCCAUCAUCGCAUAACAAUCGCUAAAAAUAAACCACGAGCCGCGAGUGCUAGAAGAAUUUAAAGAGCUCGAAAAUUGAAAAUAAAUUUUGUCAAAUUUUACGUUUCAGGUCAUUUAUUUUAAAUUAUUUUUUUCCAACUCUUACAGUCAUCAGACUAGAGUGUUUUUCUCUCUCAAAUAUAAAAUACAUCCAUAAGUUGAAUAAUGUCGUGUGACCAAACUUCGAUUGACAAAUUAUGUCAAAUACACUGUAACAUUGGCUCCUCAACUCAUGAAGAUGAUAUUCAAAAGAACUCACUAUCCCCGGAUCCCUUAUCUCCGAAGCGAGAUGGCAGUGCCACAGGAGCCAAACCAAAACGCAAAUCACGUGGGGCUCGAAGACGUCUAAAUGCGAUGAUGAGUAACGUGUCAUUGCACUUCUCAGAUACUGAUUCCGAAGAUGAACUAUCAAUUGUAAAAACCAAAGUGCGACAGUCCAGUCCAUUAGUGAGAACUGUCAAUGGAGAUAUGGCACCUCCUGUGAUCGAAGUGACGUUAGAAGUGGCUGAUGGUGAGCCUGGAGAUUCCCACUGGGACGGAAUGGGUGGGACAACCCCAAACAGUGAACGGAGAAGCAGUUUUGGAGAAGUACUCACUGAUGUCGAUGAAAUCUACUUCGACGAUCCGAAAUCAGACAACAAAGGCCUGAGUAUUGCUGAUCAAAGUCAAAUUCAGGGGGACACGGAUGUAGAGGACAUGUCAAACGAUGAAGGAGAAGCCGAAGAGCCCAUCUUCAUCUCUUCUCCACAGCUCGACAUUCUAAGGGAAUUUGGAGGAGGCACCAUCACGACUAAAGAAGGCGAUGGGCCAUUUUCUGUUGAAGUGAGAAAUCAAAUGUCAUUUGACGAAGUUGAUGAGCCUCGUGAACAUGGCAAAAUUGAGCCGUUUCCUAAAGGACCCGACACGGACUCUGAAAACGUUGAUUAUUCAGAUGAGGAACCCGAGCUCCACAAUGCCUUCUCCCAAAGAGAUAUAAUGGACUUUGAUCUUCUCGCUGCGUCCCAAAUUGUAAUGAAAAACGUUAACAAGACCGAAAAUUCACUGACUGUACCCGAGCUAUACGAAGACGGCAUAAGUGACAGUCACACUGAUAUUGAAGACAUAGAUUAGUUGUUUUUUCUUAUUCGUCUAAUUAAUCAGUUCUUCAGUGGUUCAUGUAAUAAUUCCAAUGAAGCUCACCAUCCUAAGGAUUUUUAUCUAUUAGAAUCAACUUUGUUUUGAAAAUUUCUUCUCAUUACGAGAAUCAAUAACAAUUUUGUCUUUCUUUUUGCACCACAUGUUCGUUUGCUUUAGGAUGAGAAUGUUUGUACCUUAUAAAAAUCUGCAUGUUCUGCCACUCAUUUGUUAUUGAAUGAUUAUUCAAUUGCAGCCAUCGAUAUAAUUAAUAUGAAAUUGGUUUAUCAAAGAAUGCAUAAUUUAUAAAAUGUACAUUUUUGAUAAAAUUCCUAUCGAUAUACUUUGAAACGAGAUUCUUCUCAUGUUAAUUACAGACAAAGAUGCCAUCCUUAACAUUGUCAUUGACAACCCAAUGGGAUAUUGAAUUAAAAUACUUGAGUACUUUUAACACGAAUACUAAUUGACUGCAAACGCUUAUUAGAAGAAAUCUGAAAAAAUAAUAGAUUUGCCUUAAUGAUAAAUACUUGUACAAAUUAAAGUAAUUAAGACAAUGAAAACAAAUAAAUGACGUUCCACGACUCAUUAGUUCGGGGAUAUUCUGUCAAAUGGGGAAAAAAUCUAAAAGUUCUUAAAGUUUUAUUGUAACUCAAUGUACCUCACGAGAGAAAUUAAAGAGAAAUUGAAAAAAAAACAGAUAACAUGAUCUAAUAAAUAAAGUAACACGAGUAUAA